CUAGGCCCUACGCGCAUCUCGACGACGACGACGACGAUGGCCUGUCUCAUCGCCGCCUGACUCUGUCGUCGUUGUUGUUUCCUCGGUCGUGUGUUCGUUCAGUACAAAGCGCGCGUACACAUCUUGUUUUACGUACAAUUAUUCGCGACAUACAGUAAUGAAGUUAAUAAUAACACUAAAAACAAUCAUAACUGAAACAAUAAAGUUUGGCAUUAUAUAAUUGUAUUAUACCUACAUGGUGUAACUCGACCGCGUGACCGUCGCGAUAUUUGGCCGUACGCUUCGGAUCGGGUAUUGUUUAUAUUUCCGUAACGCCUCCGCAUCGCUCGUGACGGAGGACAGAGGACCGGUGAGCAAAACGACAAUAUCAUGUGAACACGGUCAACCCUCACGAUGAUCGUAGUCGCCACAACCAUUUAUGCCACCACCGUCACCGCCGGGGCCGCUGCAGCCACCGCGUCCAGCGCGACGACCGCGGGGUAACGGGACGAUGAAGGAAAAGUCGGGCAUCGUGGUGGUUACCAACGCGGCGGCUACGACCACUGCCCCGACUAUUGUCAUCGUACAUGCAAAGACAGAAGCCGACGCGAAGACAUCGACCGAACCAGCCGAGGAAGAGGCGGUGGCCGUGGCCGACGACGUCGUUGCCGAUGUGGACGAGGCUAAUUUCCCCCUCGUUCCGGCUUCCGUGCCAUUAUGCUCGCGACUUUUCUCGCCUUCUCCACCUCCACCGUCACCUCCGCCACUGCCACCACCGCCGCCAGCGAUUGCAAUCACAACAACGGCCGCAUUGCCCCUACCACCGUUAUCUGUGGCCAUCAGUACAGCUCAAAUCGAAAUCAUACCGUGCAAGGUGUGUGGCGACAAGUCCAGCGGCGUCCACUACGGCGUGAUCACGUGUGAAGGGUGUAAGGGAUUCUUCCGGCGGUCGCAAUCGUCCGUGGUCAACUACCAGUGUCCACGUAACAAGAACUGCAUAGUGGACCGCGUCAAUCGAAACCGAUGCCAGUACUGCCGCCUACAGAAAUGCCUACGGUUGGGCAUGUCCCGUGACGCCGUGAAAUUCGGACGCAUGAGCAAAAAGCAGCGGGAGAAGGUCGAGGAUGAGGUGCGUUUCCAUAAGGCGCAAAUGCGUUCGUCCGUAGCCGCUGCAGCCGCGGCCGCGGCCGCGGCGGUGGCCGUGCAGACCGCAGCCGCCGACUGCUGUUCGACCACGACCGGUGGUGGCGGCGGCGGCGGUGGCAAUGGCGGCGGAGGUACUGCGGCCGUAGCCGCGGACUCGUCCGUGUUCGACCACGACCAGCACGGCCAGCAGCACGGUCACGGGCAACAGCAACAGCAGCAGAUGCCCUCCAGCACUGCCGACCACGGGCUGCACAUGCAGCAACAGCAGCACCAUCACCAGUUGCACGGCAGUGGUGGACAUCUUUCGCAGCACCACCAACAGCAGCAGCACCAGCAGCAGCAUCAGCACCACGGACAACAACAGCAGUUCAACAUUAACAGCAACGUACAGCAAGCUUACGCCGCGGCCGCAGCAGCAGCUGCCGCGGCAGCGGCGGCAGCUGCGGCCGGCGGUGGAGCGAACGGGACGAAUGGGGGUACAGGUGCCGGGUACGGAGCCGGGUACAACAACACUGGUGGAACAAAUGCGGCUGCGGCUGCCGCCUCGCUGGUGGUGGACACGUUCGCGGCAUACGCUGCGGCGGCCACGUCGUCGGCGGUACAAGCUGGCGGCGGUGGUACCGGAUCCGUACCACCACCGUACGACGCAGCAGCGACAAGCAGCAACUACGUGGCGGACAGCACGACGCCGGCGGCAUCCAGCACCACGUCUUCAACGGCAGCAGCCACGUCCACGUACGGCGGCGACAUGGAGGUGUCGUCGGUCGCGGCCGCCGCGACGGGUGGGGCCGACAACUUGAUGGCUGGCGUGUCCGGUUCCACGGCCGCUGUAUCUUCAGCAGCAGACGCCGUCCAGAUAAGCGAAUUGCUGAGCAAAACCAUCGCGGACGCUCACGCACGCACGUGUUUCUACACACUCGACCAAAUACACGACGGCAUGUACCGGACGGCUACAAUGGCUGCGGCCAACAAGACGACGGCCGACAAAUUACAUUUCUACAAGACCAUGGCUCAUGAAGAACUGUGGGUGGAAUGCGCGCAAAAGUUGACUGCCGUUAUUCAACAGAUUAUCGAGUUCGCCAAAAUGGUGCCUGGAUUUAUGAAACUAUCGCAGGACGAUCAGAUCGUACUGCUCAAAGCUGGUAGCUUCGAAUUGGCUGUGCUAAGGAUGUCUCGACACUACGACCCGCAUAGGGAUUGUGUGUAUUACGCAGAUGCCUUAUUGCCAGCUGACGCGUUUUAUACGCAGGACCCGGUCGAAACGAGACUGGUGUCGUUGGCUUUUGAAGUGAGCCGAGCCGUGGCUUCGUUGAAACUCACCGAAACCGAACUUGCUCUAUACUCGGCCGUUGUGUUACUGUCACCAGAUCGGCAAGGAUUGAAAGGCACCGUGGAGAUUGGACGUCUUAGGCAGGCCAUCCUGCGAGCGUUACGCAUGGAAAUCGACCACAGGACCACGGGCGGCAAAACCAGCGCUACUGUGGACCCGCAACAUCAACAGCAGCAGCAACAACAGCAACAGCAAAAUCAAGUGUGCGAAACUCUCAUACAAAAGAUACCGUUGCUCAGGCAACUCGGACUGCUGCACAUGGAAGCGUUGGCCAAAUUGCGUCGUUCAGCGCCACAUUUGGAUUUCCCGGCCCUGCACAAAGAACUGUUUUCGAUCGAUGGCAGUUGAUCGGAGGAAGAGGAGUCGGCGAAGGAGUCGGUGGUGGUGGCGGGGACGGCGACGGCGGCGAAGACAAUUGUCAACGCAUCGACGGUGGCGGCGGUGGUCUCUUCGGUGGGACAGCGAUGACGAGCGUGUACACACACAUAUAUAUAUAUAUAUAUAUAAUAUAAACGUAUUAUAAUGUAGCAUAAACAGCAGCAACAGCAAAGUUAUCCUAGACUGGCAUGUGAUACGUACACAUAUAUAUAAAAAUACUUUCGAAAAAAAAAUUUAAAGCUGUAAAAAUUAUAAAUAUUUAGUAAAACUAUUAUCGCACCAAAAUCUCUCGUACACCGGUUAUAACGUUUUGAAAUAACGAUAGUAAUAAUAAUUGUUAUUUUUUUUUACCGUUUUCGUCGUUUUCUUGUCGUUUUGUUACACAACGCGAAUAUUAUACCAUAUUCGAUAUAUGAUACACUGAGCGCGCACGAUCAUUAAUUUAGUAUCGAUACCGAAACAUGUAUAUUAUACCGUUGUUCCUGUACCGAAUAUUUUAUCCGUGCGGGGUCGCGAAUCCCCGGCAUGAUAUAAUAUACCUACUUAUAUAUACAUAUACAUCACAGUUUAGUAGCGUGAUUAACUUUUAUUAUUUACCCAAGUGAAACGUAUACAUUUUUGAACGAUCGUCCAAUGAUAGAAAAAAUUGAUCUAAUAAAAUUCAUAUUAACUAUUCGCCGAACGGAGGAACCGAUAGCUCGGGACACGUACAUCUCAAUUAAGCUGGUCCUUCGUCACGCCACUGCGCGUUACAUACUUAUACGUUUGUGUGCAGAAUUUUUUCAUCUACCCUCUCCUCGAUUAGGAUAAGCGAACAUUUGAAAUACGGUACACCUAUCCGUUGCAAAGGAGGCUGCGUGGUGAUGUUAUUGUAAUUAUGGUGUAAAAGAAACGCGGUCGUACAUCUCUUUUGCCGUCUCAUCUUUGUGCUGUGCGCAUAUAUUUAUGUGUGUCUAAGUGUGUGAAUGUAUAUGUGUGCGAAUUAUAUUCAUCGUCGUUGAUUACCGAGCGGUUGUCCUAAUUUUUUUUUCGUAUUCAAUCUUAAUCAUACGAGCGUACACGUAUUUAAUACGUAUUACAUAACAAUACGCGAUGCAUGUUUCACGCGUACGCAGUCGUGUAUAUGUAAAAAUGUGUUUGUAUUGUUUGUAACAUCGUAAUAGAUGUACGUAAAUUUUAUUUUAUUUCGAUUUCGAUUAUCGUGCAGUGCAGCAAGUUGCACUUUUCCACCAUCGGUUUGUUGUUGCGUGGUUGUUUUUCGUUGUAAAUAAAUAAUAUUAUUUAGAGUGCAUUAUUCUUCGUGUACUGGAUAAUAAUAAUAAUGCACGAUAUAGGGAUGAAUGCAUCUCACAUUUAAAAUGUAAAAACCGUAGCGUCGGCAACUGACGUAGAAUCGCAAUUUGCGGCAAUCACGACCGUAUUAAUUAUUUUUUUAUUCUUUCGAAAAUUCGUUCAUUUUAUCGAGACUAAAUCGAACGGGAAAAUAAAUAAGGACUAGCAAUUCGCUGAACACACACACGUAUACACCCGACACUUAAUCGUGCACACACUUGCAGACAUACACACACACACACACACACACACACACACACACACACAUACAUACAUAUAUAUACUCACUCGCUGUGUAGCCGCUACCGUAUGUACUAAAUAUAUCGUAGGCACAGUGUAUGUGUGUGUGUGUGUGUGUGCUUGCGUGUAUACACAUAUUUAUAUCUGUAGCAUUUUAUGUAUGUGUAUAUAAUAUGCAUAAACAGUAAAACGUACUAUUUCUACGCGCGUAUCGUAACAUUUUGUAGAUAAAUAGAGCGGAUAGAUAGAUUAUUAUAAACAUGGCCGCCGCUAUGCCGCCGCCACCGUUAAUAUAUUAUUAUUACGAUGAUUAUUAAUAUUAUUAUUAUUAUUAUUAUUUUAAAUAUUAUUUUACGUUUUA